UGGAUAAAAUUCAGCUGUGGAUCAGUGUUUUAUACACAACGAACCAACUGACAGACAGAAGACCACUGUGAGGUCUGCAUCUGUUCUCAGUCUGCUUGUACAACACAGGAGGAAGGAACAGAGUGAGCAAAGAAGAUAAUGUAAAGAGCAACUUGCUCCAGUUAUACAUGAACAGUUCAGGAUGGACAUAAAGCAGUUUUGUGUGAAGCUGUCGGUCCAGCCGGCCAGAGGACUCAUGGAUGAGAAGUUCACCGUCUUGAUCCAGAAUGCCCCGUCUGGUUUCCAGCUGACCGUCCAUGCCCUCCAUCAUUGUGAAGAUGGACACACCUGGGAGGCGUUCGCUCACUACACUACCAACGCCACCGGGACUGUGAACGUUUCAGAGGACCCCAGUCUGGGUGGGACAUAUUCUGGGGUUGAACCAAUGGGUCUACUGUGGAGCCUUGGACCAGUUCCAGGCAGCAAACCUGGGUUCAGGCUGAGGAAGGUUAAUGUCCAGACUCCCAUGGAGGUCACGAUCUCGGUGUACCAGGGUCACCAGACUGAGGGCUUUGUGGAUCAGGUGCCUCUGGCCAGUGUGGUGGUAGAGCGCUGGUACAUGGCUCCCGGCGUCUGCAGGAUCCCGAUCACAGAGGGCGGACUCACUGCGACCCUCUUCCUGCCCUCAGGAUCAGGACCUUUCCCCGGCCUUCUGGACCUGUGGGGGGGUGGAGGGUAUUUGUUGGAGUACCGUGCAGCGCUGCUGGCCUCCCAUGGCAUCGCCUCCCUGACCCUCGACUACCUAACCCCUAAAAUCACCAUAGAAACCGGGAAGAUGGUGGACAACCAGUACUUUGAGACGGCCUAUAGAGUCCUGGAGCAGCAUCCUCAGGUCCUCGGCAGCAGGAUCGCCAUGUUGGGUCUCUCCCUCGGAUCCAGUGUCACCCUCAAAUUGGCUGCUUACUCCCAAGUUAUAAAGCUCAGGUGUGCGGUGUGUAUUAGUGGGAGUCAUGUGCAGCCGACAGACGGAACUCUGGAACAAAUGUUUAAUUUCUUUCAUGAGAACGCUGGGAAGACUCGCAUCACUGAGGAGAACCAGGUGAUCUGGCGAGAUCUUCUGCUGCCUAUUCCCACCGACCCCGCACUCAAAGUGGACGUGGGACGACUCCAGUGUCCUCUGUUGCUGGUUGUAGGUGAGGACGAUCAGAACUGGCCUGCCUACGAGUCUGCACAGGACAUCAGGGAGAUGAUGGAGCGGGCGGGGAAUAGCCACCUGCUGACUGUCUUGUCGUACCCGAACGCCGGCCACUUGAUUGAACCUCCGUACACCCCGCACGCCCGAGCCAGCACCUUCAAAACAGUCGACACACAUCAGACAUUUAUGGCUCUGUGGGGAGGAGAGACAGCGGCACAUUCUCGUGCUCAGGAAGACGCCUGGAGGAAGACGCUGGUCUUUCUGAGGGAGAAUCUGUAUGGCGGCACAAACCCUGGUGCAGCUUCAUUUUUCCACCUGUAACCAAGGCGACGGCUAAUGAUUAUAUACUUGGAUGGACAUAUUCACACAUACUGUGAAUACACGUAUGCAUACAAAUGUAACUAUUUGAAUAAGGUUAUAAAAAAGAAAAUGAAAACUA